AUGGCUUCGGUCUCGGGAGUUGGGCGACCGUUCAUGUCGCGAACGAACACGAACCAGUCCAUACAACAGAACGGCCAUGCCGCUCCCGCGAAUCCCCGCGCAUCACUGUCGUCCUUUCCACCGUCACGAUCGCCUUCACAAAUGUCGCAUCACUCGAGGCAGCCUUCAAGGUCGCCGCAGCCACCUGUCCACUCUGACCUCGAUCGUAUAUCCGACCCCAGCUCCAAAUCGAACAAGACGUCGUCCAUUGGAAGCAGGACGGUGGCUUCUUCGCAGCACUCGUCGCUCUCUGCACCCCCGAAGCGGACCAAUCCUGAGGCUCAUCCGCCCAGGAAAUUACGUCCACAGUAUCCUCGGGGGUCAACCGCAAAUCAUGUCGAAUAUAUACUGGUCGCCUCUUUCGACAUUGACCGGGGUCCGGUCAUGGAGCAUCAAUAUCCGGUGGCCAUCACCGGUGAUGAGCACAUGCUAGCAGAGCUCAUGUUGCCGGACCAGGCCCAUGCGCGCAACCAGGACUGGACCAUCUUCUUCCUGCACAAGGAUAGUACACAGGAGGAAGAGGAGGAGGAAGCAAAUAAGAAGAAAGAGAACAAGGAAAGAAGGAAACGGAGACGUGAUCGCGCGGCAGGCUUAAUUGACGAAAACGACGAGAGCUCUGCUGACGAGGAAAUCGACGACGACGACGAAGACGACAUGAAUGACGACGAUGAAACGAGCGAUGAAGAGCCAGAAGGCGGCGAGGGCCCUCCAUUGGUUUACGUCCUAAAUCUGGUGAAUACAAAACACGACAAGAGCGUCAAAAGAGGUGCGAUAGUCAAGGCUAUGGCGAUAUGCACACGGCAUCCCUUCUUGCACAUAUACAAGCCGCUUCUCCUACUUGCAUUAGAAGAGUACUUCAAAUCGCCGGUCCCCGAGACCUUGUCCAUGCUUUACGAUGCAGUCAACAACAUGGAUUUAUCGCUCAUGCCAAAGCUGAGCCUUCUGGAGCGGAAUCUCCUGUUGGCCAGUGACAACAAGGAUCUUUUUGUCGAAAAGUUCGGCCAAAUGAUUAAGAUGCGAAUGGCAGAGGAUCGUGAAGGUUCGGUCACUGAGCCACUCGACGCAAGCAUGAGUCCACCCAAACUACACGGAAUCUCUCGCGCGGGCACCAAGGCUCACUUGGAAGGAUCAUCAGGCUACGCAUUGCCGCGAGAUACUCACGAGUUUGAAAGCAAGGUGCUUUACAAGGGAAUCCCGAUUCCCGUCAAGGUACCAACAGCCGUCAUGCCAGAGACGGUGGGAGACUUCUCAAUUAUCAAACUGAUCCAGACGUUUUCGGAACCACACGCCAAAGCGCCACAGCCAUUCCCGGUACAUCCUCACUUGACAACGAAUGGACCCAGCACACAUCCAAUCAUAGUCCUGGCGAACGCGCUACUGACACAAAAGCGAAUCAUCUUCCUUGGCCACAAUAUGCCUUCCGGAGACGUUGCAGAAGCGGUCUUGGCAGCAUGUGCUCUGGCAUCUGGCGGAGUUUUGAGAGGCUUUACCCGCUUUGCCUUUCCCUACACCGAUCUGACCAAAAUCGACGACUUGCUGAAUGUCCCAGGCUUUAUUGCUGGAGUGACCAACCCAACCUUUGAGCUUCACCCAGAGUGGUGGGAUAUUCUUUGCGAUAUUCCGAGCGGAAGAAUCAAGAUCAGUAGCAAGAUCGAACCAGCUGCCACCACUGAAGGCCUGGCCUAUUUCCAGCAACAACAUCCAGCACACGCUAAUCUCGUCAGUGGCUCAAGCUCUAGUACUGACUUGACCGGAGAUGUGGUCUUUAUGAAUGAUAUUCUCAAGGGCAUCGCCGCAAGACUUGGCGAACGAGUAAUCCGUGCCAAACUCCGCGAUUGGGUGGUCAAAUUUACGAGAAUAGCUGCAGCUUUUGAAGAGAGCGUGUACGGCGCAAGUGCAUUAUACAUUGGCGGCGAUGAUGCAGACACUAGCAAUAUCGGGAUCAGCGGGCACGGUUAUGUGUGGGCAGACGACAAUGCUAAACAGAGAGAGCUUGCUGGCAAUGUGUCUAGGAUAGAGGGCUGGCGGAAUACCCGAAGCUAUUACAGCUUCAUUCAGGACCUUGCUCAGAUCUACACGAUUCGCCCCCUGAAGGGUCUUGACCUCCAUCACAUGCAUGAUCGUCUGCGUACGCAGAAGCUCAACCCUGCCCAGAGUCGGGAGAUUUACCUGGCCUUUUCCAAGCAUGUAUUUUCUUAUGACGAGAUAUGUCUCUUGCUCACAGUCGCCCCCGAAUCCCAUGCUGGGCUUUUCUACCUGGCAUUGGGUCUAUUCCACAAAGACAAGGACGUCCGCGUCAAGACGGCGGAUCUCCUUGAGAAGAUUAGUGAGCACGAAGCCGGCCAGCAUUGGUGGAAAGGCCUGAGUAGGUUCGAAAAGUUGGCUUAUCACCGCAUCAAGCGAGACGCUGAGGCUGAGAUGCGGAGUAAGCUGGAGAAGGACGGAUUCCACCUCGAGCUAAGCAGGAGAGUCAGUUAA